GCUUCUUCCUACCCCUCAACCUUAUCACAGCUCCCACGCGAAAAGAAUCACAUACUAAUAUGUUUGCCUCAACAGUCUUGUCAUUCGUCCACGCAUUCUUCGAAAUGUGUCUACAAUUGAUACCUCAACACAGAUAUUCGGGAAACACUAUGACGUGCCGAUAGCCAUCGCACCAAGCGCAUACCAACGAUUAGCUGGAUACAACGGCGAGAUAGACGUCGCCCGAGCCGCUUUUGCCCGUGGCACGAAUGUCUGUCUUUCUUCCAACGCCACAACAUCCCUCGAAGACGUUGCCCAAGCCCUACCUCAACGCGAUGUGAAGUAUCCUAAACCAUGGUUUCAGCUAUAUUUUGUGCGUUCCCGACUCAUAACGAAAGAGCUUAUCAAGCGAGCAGAACGAGCGGGCUUUGAAGCUCUCGUUCUGACAGUGGAUACGACAACCAUGGGGAAUCGCCUGCAUGAACGCACCAAUCCGUUGAAGUUGCCUGCUGAUUUGAGCAUGGCUAACAUGACUACCAUCAAAGGCGGUGGCACAUCGAAGGGUCGAUUGAUCCUGAACGCGGAGACUGCGGAAGAGGCUGCUAAGAUUGAAAGGGAGCAUUCGGAUCUUCUAAUCGACUCAGCCUUGACUUGGACAGAGACAAUUCCCUGGCUACGAUCCCAAACAUCCAUCAAGAUCAUUCUCAAGGGAGUUCUCACAGCUGAAGAUGCUCUCCUAGCGGUUGAUGCAGGCGUUGACGCCAUCAUUGUAUCAAACCACGGAGGUCGUCAACUCGACAGCGUUCCAGCAACACUUGAGGCUUUACCUGAAGUUUCUGGCGCUGUAAAGGGCCGCAUUCCGGUUUUAUUUGAUGGUGGGAUCACCAAGGGUACAGACGUCUUUAAAGCCCUAGCUUUAGGGGCAGAUCUUUGUCUGUUGGGAAGGUCAGCGCUAUGGGGUUUAGCUGUGAAUGGGCAACAGGGGGUAGAAACGGUGUUGAACAUCCUGGAGAGAGAGCUGUGGCGUACAAUGGUGCUGAGUGGCGCUGCGGCAAUUGCAGAUAUCUCUAGAUCAAUGGUGGGGGUGCGGAAAUCUGCUACAGCCUUCGGGAUUGCAAAGCUGUAAAGGUAGUGUAAGGACUUUACGUUGUGC